CUCUCAGUCCGCUGACUGUCACUGCUGCUGGAGGCGCUGCUCUCCUGUCCAGCUCACAGUUAUGAAGAACCUGCAUUUCAAGGAUUUCUUCUGGAACUCUGACCUGACCUGCACGGGAGGCUACGAUGCCAUCAUCCAAUAUCUCAAUGAGGGCAAGAGGACAUGCAAAGAGGUGGAGGAGUUCAUGAAAGCCAGAGCAUCAAUUGAAGAGAAGUACGCCAAAGAUCUCCUUGGUUUGUCCAAGAAGGUGUGUGGACACAAUGAGAUGAACACAUUAAAAAAAUCCCUGGACAUAUUCAAAUUACAGACAGAACAUGUGAGUCUAUCACACUUACAGCUGGCGCAGAGCAUGAGGGAGGAGGCCAAGAAACUGGAGGAAUUCAGAGAAAAACAAAAAGAAAUGAGGAAAAAGAUGGAACAACAGAUGGAUGCUCUCCACAAACAGAAGUCUUCACAGUUCAAGAAGACAAUGGAUACAAAGAAGACAUACGAGCAGAAGUGCCGAGAUAAAGAAGAAGCCGAUCAGAAUGUAAACCGAAACACCAACACCAGCAACACCAAGCACAUAGAGAAGCUCUACACAAAAGCACAGCAAGCAAAACAGAAUGCAGAAGAAGCAGACAGGUUAUAUCAUCAGAAUGUGACCACAUUGGGAAAGCUUAGAGAUGAAUGGCUGAAGGAACAUAUCAGGGCCUGUGAGAUGUUUGAAAAACAGGCAAUGGAGCGCAUUAACUUUCUGAGAAACACAGUCUGGACUCACCUCAACCAGCUAUCCCAGCAGUGUGUGACCAGUGAUGAGCUGUAUGAGGAAGUGAGGAAGUCACUGGAACACUGUGAUGUCCAAGAAGAUAUUGAACACUUUGUAAACCUCAGACAGACUGGAAACAAACCACCAGCUCCUGUUAUGUAUGAGAACUUCUACAGUGGUCAGAGGUCUCCGACUGGAGGUCCACCCUCUCGACUGCCUCCACCAAUCAUCAGGAGGGGGCCACUACCUGAUCCAUCAAACAACAGUAGGGAUGAUACAGUCUUGUACUCGACAGUGCAGGACGCCGGGUACAGCGUAAUCCAGUACUAACACACAGAUCAGAUGGUGGAGUUACUGUAUAUCCUGUGCAGCGCUGGAGCUUUGUGAUGGACACGAAGGCUACAUCAGUUUUACCACUUCCUCCUUUGUGAUUUCCUGUAAAGAUUAAGGUCUUGCUAAGUGGAAAUGAGUGUCAUAACUGUGUACAUACAUAUUUUUAGGUGAGGUUGUGUGAUAUUUUGAACAUAUCACAGUGUUAUAAAUAGCACAGUAAACUUAAUUACUUUAUUUUUAGGUUCUUGUGUGUAUUUUAAAAGAAAUCAAAACAGGCUAAAAUGAGGACUAUAAAAUGAAAUAAGAAAGAGACAUAAAACAGUGUCGUUACAUUAUUGUAUAAACUUAACAAGUCAUUACCACUGUCCAGAUAGAUAGCCUAUUUAUUACCAACGUUUAUAUUGUGCUCUAUAAUCUACACAAUUACAUCUUAAUUUAUUUUCCAUUUCAUUUUGUAUUUAUUUUUGUGGAUCUAUAUCUUUCUCAACGUAUUCUAACGUGUCAUCUGCUCACUUGUUUUCAUUUCCUCUUUGAUAUGAGAGUAACAUGUCAGCUGACCAUCUGAACCUGAAGCCUCACAUACUCUUAUUUAUCUACAGUGUAGUGGUUCUUUGUCCCUCAGACUAUCAUUUUGUUCAACAAGAGGCUCAUUUCCUAUUGUUAGAAAGUUCAUUUAGAGUAGUUAUGUACCCUAUAUUGACAUUCAGGUAAUUAAAAUGCAUGUAUGUGAUGAUGACAUGCAAUAUUUUCUUAAUAUUUGGAAUACUGAAAUUUUUGCACUUUGUUUUUACUUUAUGUUAAAAACAUAAUUUGUAGAAACUGCUUCAAACUGUGAGUUUGAAACUGCAGGAGUCAAAACGGAUUGAACAGUGUUUUAAUGUGCAGCUGAUUUUUUGUGUUGAUUUUGCACAAAUAAAAUGAAAGUUUUUAUCAGCACUUUAAGUACGAAGGUUU